AUGGAGGCCCAUGAACUGAAAGAUGCACCAAUCAUAACGAGAGGUGCAUUUCUUCGUUGCGGGUCUUCCACCAGUACUCAAUAUGGUGUUCUUGGCCGCGUAGUGGCAUGCCACUUCAAAAAAGAUGUUCACACAUUUUCGGAUUCUCGCGUCUACUUGAACACGAAUGCUCCUAUGUCCACACUGGUAUGCGGUGUCCAAGGUUCUGGGAAGUCCCAUACCGUUUCAGUGAUUCUUGAAAACAUGUUCAUCUCAAGCUCAUCCCUCGGAACUUUAUCUAAGCCACUUUCCGGACUAGUUCUGCAUUUUGGAGAGGGUGGUGCGGGUUCUGGCCCUUGUGAAGCCGCUUGGGUCGGAGUGUCGAAUCAUCCAUCCAUCAAGGCUCCGCAGGUCAAGGUGUAUGUCUCCAAAUCAUCACUCAACACCAUGAAAGGUAUCUAUGCGCCACUUACCCAACGAGGGAACGUGACUGUAGAGGCUCUGUCGUUCGACGAGUCCGAACUCGAUGCUCAGGCUUUUCUGUCAUUGAUGGCUGUUGGAUCUUCCGACAACGCCCCGCUUUAUAUCCAAAUCAUUCUGUCUAUCUUGCGGGAACUUGGAGAAUCAUUUUCUUAUCAAGCGUUCAUGACCGCACUGGAGUUGAAGAAGAAGACCUUCAACCCAGCUCAGUUAUCUGGCCUUGAACAACGUCUUGCUCUCUUGACUUCAUUCAUGGCCGGAAAAAAGACCAAGAAGCUCAAGUGGGAAGCCUUAACAGAACGAAAACACCGUUUUGCACCUGGACAAUUAACAAUUGUUGAUCUAUCUGACCCUUUUAUUGACCCAGCAUCCGCUUGUGGGCUCUUCGAGGUGCUGACGCGGCUUUUUGUACGUGCAGAGGUUAACACAGGAAAAGUCCUCGUUAUUGAUGAGGCUCACAAAUACCUCUCUUCAAACAAUCAUCCUUCUGGGUUCACAAAAGCCCUGCUCAGUCUUACCAGGCAGCAACGACAUUUGGCCAUGCGGGUAAUCAUUAGCACUCAAGAGCCCACCGUUGUCAACCCGGUCUUACUUGAUUUGUGCACUGUCACAAUUUUGCACAGGUUCUCCUCGCCUGCAUGGUGGCAACAUCUCGAGAAGCACGUUCCUGCAGACUUUUCGGAUAAUGAGGCAUUCGAUAAAGUUGUCAGGCUUCAGACUGGGGAAGCAAUUGUUCUCGCUCCGUCCGGACUUGCUACAUUCCCAUCCCCUGCGAAUGGAGAGCACAAUGUUGGUCAGAUCGGUCGACGCUAUCUGAUACUUAAGACUCGAAAGCGGGUCACAGUAGACGGAGGGGCCUCUAUCCGGGUCAUUGAUUAG